UUGUAAACAUGGCGGCCGAGAGUUUACGUGCGUACAAAAGGAAAAUUGACUUUUCAACUUUAUACGAAUCAGAUAGUGAGCGUCAUCCUUUUGAAAAUCUCUCCGAUGAUAAUCCUGACUACGACUGUAGUGGUAGCGAAAGUGUGUCUGACAGUACAGAGCCAGAAGAGGAUAUUGCAGUUUUUGGUGGCGCAGCUGAUGAACGACGUCGUACUGAAACUAUAAGGCGCUGCAAAACAUUGGACGAUUUACAAGCCGAACUUUGUAAACAGGGAUAUAGUAUCAGUCGAUCAGGGUUAUACUUCAGACUUCUUCCCAGACGAGUAAAUACAGAGAAAGGAACAAGACACGUCGUAACUAUUCUUGUUAAACUAUGCAAACCUGAUUCUACGCUACAUUUGAAACAUACAAAUGGCACAUUCUGUACUGCUACGAUAAGAAACCUUGAAUCUUUAGCUUCAAUUUUGGGCCCUGAUCAAGUUUUCAUAUUAUCAAUGGAUGACAAAGCAUGCGUGCCUUUAGGUAUUACAGCAGCAAAUGCUCAAGCACCAAUAUUAAUGCGCGUGGCCGCGGAAAAACAUAAACUUAUUCCUUCUGUUUAUGCAGAGACUCAUGCCACAGACAUACACAGACUUUCUGAAAUACCUGCUUUCAAAAACUUUAUGAGAACUCGAGAAGGUUUUGUAAAACCUGUAUUUAUUUUUACUUGCGUUGGUGGUCCCAACGAAAAUCCAAGAUACGAGCGAGUUAUAGUUUCAGCUAUAAAACAUUUUAAAAUGUUUGGCUUGGAUGCUAUUUACAUUGCCACAAAUGCUCCAGGAAGAAAUGCUUUCAACAGAGUGGAACUACGAAUGGCGCCUCUUAGUCGCGAACUUACUGGUGUUCUAUUAAAACAUGAUAAUUUUGGUUUACAUCUCGAUUCCAAUAUUCGAAUUACUGACUUGUAG